CCGAGCCCAGGGUGGGCCUGCAGCCCCUGGACGGCAGCGACCAGCCGGUGGCACCCAGCGUCCCCGCUCACACCCCCCAGGACGGCAGAAGCAGAGCAGCUGCCAUGCACAUCCCUGAAAGCCUCCAGGACCUGGCUGACGGUGAAGCCGUGCAGUUUCUGAAGAGGCCAAAGACGAUCAUCCGGAUCAUUGGAGGGGUCUUCUCCCUCAUCAUCUUCUCUUCCCUGCUGACCGACGGCUACCAGAACAAGACUGAGUCUUCGAAGCUCCACUGCGUCCUCAAUAGCAACAAUGUGGCCUGCAGCUUCGCUGUGGGAGCCGGCCUCCUGGCCUUCCUCAACUGCCUGACCUUCCUCGCCCUGGACGCCCACGAGAGCUGCAUCGGCAACACCCGCUUCAAGACGGCCUUCCAGCUCCUAGACUUCAUCCUGGCUGUCCUGUGGACAGGCAUCUGGUUCGUGGGUUCCUGCUUCCUGGCCAAUCAGUGGCAGCAUUCGCCACCCAAAGGGUUCCUCCUGGGAAGCAGCGGCGCCAAGGCCGCCAUCACCUUCGCUUUCUUCUCCAUCUGCAUCUGGGUGAGGAUGGGCCCCCUGUGGGGGUCGGGGCUGGGGGCCCAGAACAUUCCCGUGCUCACUCAGCUCCCCUGGGAGUGGGGGAGGGCUCCUCCCAGGGCCUCUGCUAGUCUUCUCUGUGACUGGGCAAACUGGAAAGAGGCCUCCCCUUACCCCAUGCAGAUGCAGCCCAACAUUAGGCAUCGUGCUGUGUGCCCUUGUGCAGUGAGCAGUGAACACAACUGUACCCGGGCCUCCCUCCCAGGCCGGUCCCCGGCCCCGGUCCCUCUCCUCCCCUGCCUAACCCAAGCCAGCCUCUGGCAUGCCCUUUCCUGCCCGCAGAUAUUCCAGGCCUACGCGGCCCUCCACGAUCUCCGGAAUGAUACUUCCGUCCCUUACAAGCGCUCCCUGGAUGAGGGUGGCGUGGUGCUGACCACCCUCUCCCCACCUUCUGCCGCCAGCCCUGCUAACACGCCCACCACUGGCCCCAACAACCCGAGUUAUGCCAGUUCUGCCCUGCCCCCCUAUCUGACCACUCCGAAGGCCCCCCGCCUCGCUAUGAUGCCCGACAACUGAACAUCCUCCUCCACAUCAGUAAAGAGAUAAUCCUCCCUCCGGAAGGGUUUCUGAAAACAGCCCUCUGUCCUUCUCAUGUCUGUUCCUCUCUGGUCUUUUGAGUGGCCAGGGGUGGGGAGAAAUCCUACGAGGUCACUUCAGGGGUCUCUGCACUGCACGGGGCCAAA